AUGGCUGACGACCUCUACAGCAGCACCUUCUCUGCAUCAGAAUCAGACUUCUCUUCCUCCUCCUCCUCAUCGUCCUCCUCAGCGUCUGCAUACAUCCUCACACUCGAGCAGAGGGCAGCCUUCGUCUUCGUCCUCAUCCUCUUCAUCUUCCUGGGCUUGCUGAUCGUCCGCUGUUUCCGAAUCCUCCUGGACCCGUAUCGAAGCAUGCCGUCCUCCACCUGGACAGACUACAUGGAGAAGGACACCUUCGACUACCGAAUUUCCUGA